GUGACGCAGAUUCUGUGCGACAAAAUGUGUUUGCGUUGUCCUCGUGAACUGCCGUCUACUGUUAUUCAGAACGAUCAUGUCUGCUGUCGGUUUUGCUGGAGACUGGUUAAUUGUCACAUGCGACAAGAAACUUACAGCAAUUCACACUAAACAGAAAAGAGAACCCUUUCUGUUUGACUGCAGCACAGCUGAGAAGAAACCCCCGACCUCCUGCCCCAAAGAUGAAAAGAACAGUGAUUGUGGUGCUGAGGAAACGGGAAGAGAUAAAAUCCUGGCUUUUUCUGUGUCUCCCUCUGGAAAACUGGUAGCACUGAUUGAUGACACCAAGAGGCUAGUUCUCUUUCAGUGUGAACCUUCGUGGCAGUGUAUCAGCAUCAGGUGGGUGGUCAGGAGAUGCACCUCCCUAGUGUUCAGCCAAGCUGAGGACCAGCUGCUGGUGGCUGACAAAUCAGGAGAUGUGUACUCGUUCUCAGUGGUGGAUCCACAGGGGGCGGGCGAGCUGAAGAUGGGCCACCUUUCUAUGCUGCUAGCUAUAACCAUGUCGCCGGACAACAGGUACAUCAUUACCGCUGACCGUGAUGAGAAGAUUAGAGUGAGCUGCCUCAGGUGUCCAUACAACAUCCAGUCUUUCUGUCUGGGACAUCAAGAGUUUGUCAGCACCUUGCUGAUCCCGUUCGGAUGUCCACAUUUACUGCUGUCUGGAUCAGGAGACGGAACAGUGAAACUGUGGCAGUACGAGACUGGCCGGCAGCUGCAGACAUUGGAUCUCAAACAGUUUGAGGAGAAACAGAGCUCUGAGCCUGACAAAGAGAAGGUGACCAAGCCCACUGUGUGCCGUAUUGCCAGCUCACCUGAUGGCCACCACAUAGCUGUGCAGUGUGAAAGAGUUUCCACGGUAGAGUUUUUCACUGUGAAUCAGGAGGGUGAGAGACUUAUGCCAGACAGCAGGAUCACACUGCCACACUGUCCACUGGAUGUUGCAUUUGACCCAGAAGGCCGACUCUGGGUGCUGAUGGACUCCAAUGAUUCCCCACUCCAAGUCUACACUCACAAGAAAGACUGUUGGGAGUGUGACACUCAGUCCGCUGAAGUCAUUACAGUGACUGAAGACUUCAAGUCACACUGGAACACACUUGACGCCACCACAAGGUUUUCCAGCAGCUUUGAGCACCUGCACAAGGUCGGCUUUGACAAUGUGACGGCGUACAUGCAGAAAAAGCAGCAGAGACUGGAGGAACAGCAGCUGAAGAGAACAAAGUCACAGAAAGCCAAUGGAACCAAGAAGGCUAAGACAGAGACUCGGCCAUUUGCUUGAGCAAACAACCAGUUUUCCCCUUUUGUUUAAUACUUUGAAUGAUGCAAAUGUCACAAGGACAUCACUUUUAUGUUGACCUAAAAAAGAUCACAAAUAGGGUUAUUUCUUUCUAAAGUUGCUGACUGAAUCCUUACAUUCCUUGCUGCUCUCAUUUGUCAUUCAUUACCCUCCAAAUUCCUGUGCAUCAUGCUGUAUUAUUAAUUGUUUUUUUUAUUUAAGAAGUAAUGAUGCAAAGGGUUGAUACGCCUUAUUAUUUGAAGUCUGAAUUAAAUGAAUUAGUUAUUGAUUUGUGUGGGAGUCACAAAAUGUCUACUGCAUCCAGAGGUCUUAAGUAAAGAUGGACAAAGAAUGGCUCUGAAAGCUCCCAACAAGCCAAGUCAGCAACUGAGAAAUGAACAACAGGAGAUAAAAGAGCAAGGAUAACAGGGAACACCAGAAUACAGGAAGGCUUGUUGGGCAAGUUGCACAUUAGAGGCAUGCAGCUCUGUCUCUGAUACCUGUUGAAAGGUGCAGAGAAUGAGAAGAACAGCUAUUAGACGCAAUGUUAAUGUUGUGCAUUGGUGGCAUGUAAGUGAAAGUAGAGGAGUGUGGUGAAAACAAGAAUCACAUCUAAAUCUAUAGCCGCUCGAGAAUGAGGUGCUUCAGAGAGACCUGAACCACCAUGUAUACAGUAGAUGUUAUCAAAAAGGUACAUUUUAAGCAUAGAGGAGCCUGAAGUCUGAGGUAGUUCUUCAGGGCAUAAACAUUCUAGGCAGGUGGCUGCUCACUGCUCCCUUAUGUGGAUAUUUCAAUCAUUUUAAUAUUACACACAUGCAAUUUAUUGUAAUGUAUGUAAACAAAAUUCAUUAAAACCAUGUGUGCUGAACAAACACA